AAAGAGAGAGUCGUGCGUGAGGAGAGGGGAGGGAGAGAAAGUUUUUUCCCUGAAAGUUUGUGCAAGCUUUCACUUUCUAGGCGGGGUUACUGUACGCUGCAGCAGCAUGGAGUGAGAGAAACAGGACGGAGAGCGAUUGCAAUGCAGCACCGUACCGAGCUUCCAUCCAACUUAAAUAAGCUCCUCUAAAACCACCACCAUGUACUCCCCGUACUGCCUGACACAGUAUUACCCUACUCACCUUCUAAACAAUGCCUUAGUGGAUGAAUUUCAUCCCUUCAUCGAGGCCCUCCUCCCCCAUGUCCGUGCCUUCUCCUACACCUGGUUCAACCUGCAGGCUCGUAAGCGCAAGUACUUCAAGAAGCACGAGAAGAGGAUGACCAAGGACGAGGAGCGCGCGGUGAAGGACGAGCUGCUCGGCGAGAAGCCAGAGAUUAAGCAGAAGUGGGCCUCGCGCCUGCUCGCCAAGCUCCGCAAGGACAUCCGGCCCGAGUUCCGUGAGGACUUUGUGCUCACCAUCACGGGGAAGAAGCCCCCCUGCUGCGUGCUGUCCAACCCCGACCAGAAGGGCAAGAUCCGCCGCAUCGACUGCCUGCGCCAGGCCGACAAGGUGUGGCGGCUGGACCUGGUGAUGGUCAUCCUGUUCAAGGGCAGCCCCCUGGAGAGCACGGACGGCGAGCGGCUGGUCAAGUCGCCCCAGUGCUCCAACCACGGCCUGUGCGUGCAGCCGCACCACAUCGGAGUGGCGGUCAAGGAGCUGGACCUCUACCUAGCCUACUUUGUCCACUCGCCAGAACAAUCAGGACAAUCAGACAACUCAAACCAGCAAGGAGACACAGACGUCAAGCCCCCGCCAAAUGGCCACUUGAGUUUCCAGGACUGCUUUGUGACUUCUGGGGUGUGGAACGUAGCCGAGCUGGUCCGCGUGUCGCAGACUCCGGUGGCAACGGCGACCGGCCCCAACUUCUCCCUGGCCGACCUGGACAGCCCCGGAUACUAUAACAUCAACCAGGUGACCCUGGGACGGCGCUCCAUCACCUCCACCCCCUCCACCAGCUCCAACAAGCGCAAGUCCAUUGACGACAGCGAGAUGGAGAGCCCGGUGGACGAUGUCUUCUACUCGGGACGCUCCCCAGCGGCGGGCAGCAGCUCCCAGUCCAGCGGUUGGCCCAAUGACGUGGAUGCAGUGCAACACCAUUUGGCCAGUGUGCAGGAGAGGAAGAUUAAGCAUGAGAGCGAUGGAGUGCAGUUUCCUUACCAUGGACUCUCAUCGCCUGGUUCUCUUAAGAAGCCGGGGAAAUUCGAUUUCAGCGCCCUGUCCUCCCAGACGAGGUCCCCCCGCAUGGCGUUCACCCACCACCCACUGCCAAUGCUGGCGGGAGUGAGACCAGGGAGUCCCCGUGCUUCAGCUUCGGCCUUGCACUUCCCGUCUCCCUCCAUCAUCCAGCAGUCUAGCCCCUACUUCACCCACCCAACCAUCCGCUACCACCACCACCCUGGACAGGACCCCCUGAAGGAAUUCGUGCAGUUUGUCUGUGCCGAUGGCUCGGGGCAGUCCGCCGGACAGCAUACUCCACGCCAGGCGCCACAGCUCCCAACAGGUUUGUCGGCAUCGGAUCACGGGACAACAACUUUCUGAACAUCCCGCAGCAGACACAGUCUUGGUUCCUCUGACAAGAUCUGUGCACAAACCAGCAACUAGAGUUCUUUCUUUACAAUCGGAAAUAGAAAAAGCAGAGAAACCAGCCCGCAGGAUAUCAGUCGUCCUCCAACCAACUCCACCCACCGACCGGCCCCCGACAGCACGUCUCACCCCGACACGAAAACACACCCAAGGAACGCAGGAGAAACUACAGCAGCACUACGCUUUUUUAGAGGAACUCUGGACUCAUUUCUCCAGUCAGAGGUGAGGACCUGUUUUUUUUUUUGUUUGUUUUUUGAGCGAAAAGACGGAUCGAUGGAAAAGAUGAAAGGACGGACGAAGAGGACGCCAGGAUACGGAAGGGGUAAAGGGGACAAACGGCAGCAAGCAGCUCUCUCCUUCAAAAAACAAAACACCGAACCAGCAGCAACGCAGGAGGAACCCUGAAGAGGAGGAAAGCGGCCAACUUCUCCUACUUCGUGAGGACGCAUUGUGUAAUGAAUGAAUCAACUGUCGCAACAAAAACAAAAAUGUUUUUUCACACAUUUAAGCUACACCCGCAUUGAAUCCGCAGCCUUGAUCAAAUCAAAGACUCUAUUUGGUUUCCAAUGAAAGCUGCAGUCCGAGCUCCUGUGAUGUCCGUCAUCACCCCAAAACUAAAUCAAAUUGACCAAUGAUGUUUCCUCUCCGUCUGAAAGACUCCACAAAGUCCCUUUUUAGCCUACUACUAACUAGAGAGAGACCAUGCCAAAACAUAUCUUGAUUGAGGGUUGCACUAGAAAGCUUGAAUCAAUUAACACUAAUCUUAACGAUGUGCACUAUUUACCUACAGGGCAUGGUAGGUGAACCAGACUUGCCUAUUAAAAACAGUUUAAACGAGGAAAAAAACAAGAUGGCAAGGAGCCUCUGCGUGUCCUCGACCCCCCCCCGUCGUUCAGUUUGACAAAUCAUUUGGCCUCCGCUCAUUCUCACACACCCUUCCCCUGCGCGACACACACACACACACACACACACUAGCACAAUCUGUGCCCAACCACAGCGCUUGUGGUACAAUUGACAACACGCACACUUUUGCCCAGUCGGACAUUUUUAGAUUGUAGUAUUCAUAGGUGGUGGUGUUGUGUUCUUUUCUUUUCCAUUUGAUAUGCAAACACAAUAAGUCCAGUGAACUCACUCUACCUAUUUGAUUAGAUAUCCAAACAUCACAACGUGUGAGCACAUCAUAAUUGACAGUUGUCACGAAUACGGACAGCAGCUAUUGGUUCCCCCCUUUUGCCCUCUUGUGAUGUAGAUGAUUGAUUUUGUUAUCUCUUGUGUGUUCUCUUAUUUGAAUUUAUUCCUUUUUGGAUUUGUACUAUUUUAUAAUUGUUUUGUAUUUGAAUGACAGCACCUUAUAGAGAAACACAGCGGGAUGUUGAAGCGGUGUAGACAGGGUGGUCAGCUGACCUGGACCAAAUAGUACAUGCCAAAACGUAAAGACGAGGUUUGACGUUUCUUGGGGGAAAUUCGCUUUUUUCUUUGUUUUUCUUUUUAUUGCCGAGAGUUAGACGAGUACAUUGAUGCCACUCUCAAGUAUAUGCAUGAAAUAAGCAGAUACUGCAAGCAGCCAAUUAGCUUCUUAGAUGGUUACACCAAACCAUCUAAGAAGCCGUCAUUGAAUACUGAUUGGGGGAAAAAAGCAGUUUCAAAAAAAAUACUUUGCAGGUGAUUGGAUGAACUAGCUGUCAAUCCUUACCGAAGCGAGUCGGGAGUUUGUUUGUUGCUCUUCUUUCAAUGAAGAAAUUCUCCCCAAUGACUGAUGCUACUGUAGCAUCUAAGCCAACAUCUUUAGGAGCCGCCAUUAUUGUUUUGAACAAGAUGGAUUUUUGUGUGAUAAGUGAUCCAGCUGUUCCCGUGUGAUCUUAUGAAAUCAUGAGAGCAGCUGCCCUGCAAAGGUAACCUUAGAGGUGCUUGUAGGUAGAGUUGUUUCCUUUGGACAGUCUCCCCCUACCCCACGGUUCCAGUCUUUGUGCUAAGCUAAGCUAAAUGGCUGCUUGCAAUAGGUUCAUCUUUAAUGGACAGAAAUGAGAGUGGUGUCGAUCUUCUUGUCUAAAGCUCAGCUACAAAAAACGAUGAAGCUUGUUUUCCACAAUGUCAAACUGGUUCUUUUGUUCUCAGUGCCAGAUUAACCAAUUUGCGACCUACUGUACUUGGAGGACCACACAAUGCAGGAUUUUUGACAAUCACAAACAUACCUGCUGAACCAUACAGGUCAACAGAAAAGCUCAAAUAGAAAUAAAACCCCAACUAGCCUCGUCUACUAUUUGGCCCAGGUACAGCCACUGGCGAUGGUGGCGAUACAUGAGUGAUAGAAAAAAAAAGAAGAAAAAAAAAACAGAAGCGAGGAGGGGAAGGUUGCUGAAGAUGGGACCCGGAGUCUCCCUAAAGUUUACCCUGUUGUUUACACUCCCAGACGGGCCGCUGCUCCAAGAGCAGAGAGGCCACACUGCGGAGCAAAAUGAAUAUGUGACAUAUCCGGCUGUAUCCGAGGGGGCCUCUAAGGCCGGCAGUAGGACGAUCACCCACGUUGUUUUUGUUUUUGUUUUGGUGCACAGGAUCAGGUAAAGGAUAUCUUGCUAUGGUUAUGCCCCCAACACACACACACACACACACACACACACACCAGCAGUCCCCCCUUUGAUAUUGUGAAUCGAUGAGCCCUUGAUGAUCAAAAACUGCACUAAAACAAUCGUACCAGCCAACCUUGAGUUUUUCAUAAGAAUUAAAUUGACCACCAUUUAAGUGGGUUUUUUUUCAAACCAGUGGAUGUAUAUCACUGGGAUGGAAUAACACUUGCAGAGCACAGAUCGCCCCAUUUUAAACUCACCGACCACUAUUACCCCCCACCCCCCACACACGACUGAAUUCAAAGGGAAGUCUUAAAAUAAAUAUAAAAACAGACAAUCUGAGGAGGCCUUUUAUGCUUUUAAUCGUUUUUGCGCCAUCAGCCCGUUGAUUCUUUCCCAUCAAAAGUUUAAAACCCCACCCAUCCAACCUCACAAAAUAACUGGACUGCCUGGCCAUGUUCUUCACUGCAGGGAAACACGACAUAGUUGGCCAACCGAGAGAGAGAGAACCAGCUCCGCGAUUUCUUUUUCUAGUCUAUGGAAGUGCCUCUGUAUUCCCAUUAUGCAAUUUGUCAAACAUGAAUUCAGGUUCUUUUUUUCUCACAUAUAAGCUAUAGCGAAUGGUGAAAAAAAAAAAAAAUGUUAUGUCUGGAGAGGGAGGAAAAGAAACGGCGACAGCUCACUAGAUAAUCGCAAGCAUCUUUAUAUAUAAUACACAUAUAUAUUUAUAGAAAUAUACAUUUUUUUUUUGUUUUAUUUGCAAGAUAAGCUCUGUGGCAGUCUAGUUAUUUUUUGAAGCAUGGCGCACUCAUAGGAUGCAUCUCAGAAAACCCACCUAAAGUACCAGCCUCUAACCCCACCUUAAAAGACGUAAAGGAAAGCCCAUGGCAAACACGACAAUAGAUACAUAGACGGUGAUGAUAAUGUAGUUGAGGAUGAUAAUAAAAAAAGAUUAGGUUUUCUUGUUUUCUUUCUUGUUUUGAUGGGAAGUAUUGUUCUUGAAACUAAAUGAUGUAUGUCGAUUGAGCCAUGUGCAAUGCCUUGGUAGAGGAAUUGUGUUUGUUUGUUAGCGAUUGUUGUGAGGGUUUCAUGAGAAAAGAGGGAAAAAAACCCUCUAAGGUUGUUUUUUCUUUUGUUGUGUUUUAUUUUUUAUUUUUUUUCAAGUCCACAUGCUCCGGGACUCUAAAUACGAGGGCGGCGAGAAAAAUAUCCAAGUCUUUGUAAGUAAGUUUGAGGAAUUUUUUUUUAAAUUUCCUUUUAUUGUUGUUUUUUUUGUUUUUUUUUCUCCUUCUGUUUAUCACUCUUUUUUUAAAGAUUUUUUUUUUUUCAUUUCUAUUGAUUUUGUUUUCAAAAUGUGGGAGGGCUGAAGGAACAAUUUUGCAACUCGUAAAAAAAAAUAUAUAUCACCUGGUGCUUUCGUAAAGAAUAAAGUACAGUCAAUCUAUUAUACAUAAAUAGUAAUAAACAAAAAAAAUUAAGUGUUAUCAUAAAAGCAAAUUUUAGGAAAACAUGCAUUAUUCUAUUUCUCUUUUUUUUUUUUUGUAUUUACCGAGGGGGAGGGGUUCAUUGUUUUUAAAAAAGAUUGUUGUUACAAAAUGCAUUCCCCCCCCAAAAAAUAAAAAUCCAUAGCAUAAAAACAAAAAUCUUGUGUCUAACACAAGUAAUCCUAGUGCGGGACAAAAGACAAGAUCUUCCCAAAUUUGGGAGAUGCACAAUUAUGGAUCUAAAGAAAAACAAUGAAUACAAUAGCUGGUCUGAUUCCGUUUUUGGUGUAAGAUGUCCAGUUGGCCUCAGGGAGAGGGAAUCAGUGACCUCUGACCCGUAUCGUCAUCGAUUCAAGUGAACCCCUUCUCCUCCCUCCCUCCCCCACCGAAUCUCCCACUGUAAAUGAUUAUAAAUAUAUGUUUGGUGACGUAGUGUUAUAGACUCAGAGCAUCUUAAAGGUUGUCCCUAAGAAGUGCCUUUUGUUCACAGAUUUCCAUCUUGUAAUCCUGAGUGCCCAUCUCGAAAGAAACAAACAAAAAAAACAAAAAACGUCCCCCUCCUUCAUCCUUCUAUAUCUUUCUCUUCCUCUUCUUGGAGCUUUUUACAAGCAGUAUACAUAGUACUAAAGGAAAUUUGGUGUGAUUUAGUUCCUCUUUUUAUUGUUGAAUAAUUAAGAAAAGCAUAAAAAAAAACGAAAAAAAAAAAGAUAUUUUCUGUCUUGCUUCUCUUCCUCCGUAAUCUUGUCUUCUGUCUAUCUCGGACACUGGAGUAGUCUGUAGCCGCGUAACCCCCUUCCCUUCCUCCCUUCCCUUCCUUUCUCCCUUUCUCUGAACGGCGGGGUUGGAAAAAAAAAGAAUACGCAAAGUUGUUUUUUUUUGUCUGAGCAGAAUGCAGUUAGCUCACAUGUUAUUCUUGUCUGUACGCUUUCACAUUGUAUUACCAUACCCAUCUUCUUCAGCUUCUCCAUUCAACAGCUAAUGUAAGUGAACAAGUUACACCACGGGGCUCUGGGCUGUGCUGAGGACGGUGGCGGAGCAAAGAAAUAGUCCCUCUCCCUCCCAGGGGAGCGGAUCCGUGGGCAGGAGGAGAGCACUCAAGGGAACGUUUUGGGUUUCGGCUGUUAGAGAGGUAGAUGACCAGUAGUAUUGCUAGUUUAGGCAGGUUUAUUCGUCCUUGUUUCUAUCUAUUUAUUUUUUUUAUAAUUGAAUUUGGAUUAUGAUUCUUUUUUUUUGUCAUUGUUACUGCGUUGAGAACUUCAAUUAAGCACCUUUUUUAGUGGUUGAUUGUGACCAGCAAUUUCUUUUUUUUUUAUUUAAACUUUUUUAAGAACUUUUUUUUUAAGGACUAGAAGCACCUUAUAAGCGGACCGGUUCCACAGCACGGAGACUGAAGGGCUCAGGUUUAGCACAAUCACGAGAGACGUCACGCAUCCGAACCGCAGCCUCUGAUUGACCAAAGCGGAACGUUUCCAAAAAAGGCCUACGAAAUAAAAUAAAAAACUAGUUGGUGCUUUCUAGAGAAAAGCACCGGGGAAAUUCCACCAGCAAAAUCAAGCGAUUUUUACAGAUUUUUGUCCAGCUAAGAAAAUUAAAAAAAAUUAUAUAUAUAUGCAACUUUUUUUUUUUUUCUUCAUCAUGCAAAUGAAGCCAGCAGCAGUAUAAUCAAUCAAUCAAUCAAGCCUUUGAUAAGUGAAAGCGCCACAGUUUGAGAAGCCAUAGCAGAGACGAACAGGUUGCACGGGGCAGUGUGUGUGUGUGUGUGUGUGUGUGUGUGUGUGUGUGUGUGUGUGUGUGUGUGUGUGUGUGUGUUUCUGCCCCUGCACCGUUCAGAGAGCCCAGUCGAACCUUGUGGCCGAACCGUCCGCUGUUUUAUUUUGAAAUUUAUUAUUUUUUUGAAAUUUUCUUUGUUUGUUUUGAACACGUUUUUGUAGGAUGCUGGGCCGUGUUUAGUGUAGACUGAGCCCCCCUGGCCAGCCUCGGCCCUCCUCCUCCCUCUACAAGUGCUCCUCCUCCUCCUCCUCCUCCAUCAGACACACACCCCCCAGAGCCCAUGGUGAAAUGCAUGUGUUAAUUACAGUUUCUUUUCCAUAAUAAUAAUAAAAGAAAAAAAAACAGUUUGAAAAGAGCAACACCUUUACUUGAUUGAAUAAAAGGAUGUUCU